AUGUACUACCUAAAGAUUAUAUUUGCUGCUUUGACAGUGACGACUGCGAUUGCUCACCCUGGCCCUGAUCAGCCUGUGCCUCAUGCCGAAAUCCAACGGCGUAAUGAGCUAGCCAAGAAAUGUGCCAGCCAAGCUGCAAAUUUCAAUCAACGCCGCAUUUCGAAGAGAGCAUUACAGAAGCGCUGGGAGGGAUCGGGUCACAAUGUGACAUAUGAGAUCACUACAGGUGCCCCUUACUACGAGACUAUCCAGAACGAUACCUGCGUCCUCUCUCCCGAGGUAACCCGUGGUCCCUAUGUGUGGCCGCGUUCGCAGACUCUACGUCAAGACAUGUCGGAGGACCAACCAGGCGUGCCAUUGUGGCUUGACGUAGGAGUACUCGAUAUGGCGACAUGCGAACCCCUGCCGAACGUCCUUCUCGACUUCUGGCAUUGUAACGCAACUGGCUCUUAUUCCUCGUUCACGCAUCUUUCACCAAAUAUCGAGUUCAGAGAGCUUCUAACUGAAAAGAAUCUCACUGACUAUGCAAUUGGCGUCACCGAUCUUCAUACAGAUGAUACCACCUUCUUGCGUGGAAUGUGGCCCACUGAUGAGAAUGGAGUUAUGGAGAUAAAGACUAUCUUUCCCGCGGUUUCGCAGAAGAUUAUGGGCUUGGAGCCUUAUGUGUUUCACACGGAAAUUGAUCGUAUCACCAAUGCGCAAGAUGCCAUUUAUCAGAAUGGUACCAAAGGAGGGUUCAAUCCCGUUGUAUCGAUCGUUCCUGCAGAUGGUAAAGAUAUUUCCAAGGGGAUGAUUGGAUACAUCACCAUGGGCGUCGACACGGCCGCGAUUGAGACAUUUGAGUAUGAUCAUUAG